AUGUUAAUCCCUUUACUUAUUUUGACUGAAUAAAUGGCUGAAAAAAAGUUUGAUGCAGUGAUACUUAUAUUCAAGGAAGCCCAGUUCCGUAUAUAUAUAUGUAUGUGUAUAUGUAUGUAUGUAUGUAUAUAUGUAUAUAUGUAUAUAAAUACUGUUGUUACUGGUGACUCGUGGAACUGGGCUUCCAUUAAUGUAUAAAUCUCUGUAUCAAACUACUAUUCAGUCAUUUAUUCAUCGUAGAUGAGUCCGGGCAUUUUAUUUUGAAAAUCGUAUCCGGAAGUUAAAGAACUUCUUGUUUUGCUAAUUUGACACUGAAGUGGAAGCUGGUGGACAAAAACUUCUCCAGACAUGUACAAUCGUCACACGGUGACCCCGGUUCUGUGAGCGGAGUUAGAGCUCUGAAUGUCCGUGUGAGGGUCCUCAGACACCGGGCUGCUCAGUUCAUCGACCCGCUCUGGGUUUUAUAGCUACUGUUAGCCUGCGGAUGCUAACUUCAGCUAGCCCGAAGCUACCGUAGUUAGCUUCUUCCAACUCGCCACACAGGCAGAAUAUCCUGCUGAUUCCUCUCUGGUUUUACCGUCUCACCGGUGCGAGGGAUGUGGAGAGUAACUUUACAAGCGUUCGGUGUUCUGCUGCUGGCCUGGUUCUUCGGGAACUUUGUUCUGGGUUGGUUUCAACAAAACAACGUAAAACCCCAAACGCAGCACAGCGAGCAUCCGAGCGGAGCCGCGGACAGCUCGGACCAGAGCUGCCUCUGCCACCUGACCGGAGUCCUGGACGACUGCUUCUGUGACGUGGAGAGCAUCGACGUCUUCAACAACUUCAACAUUUACCCUCUCGUCCAGAAGCUGACGGAGAGAGACUACUUCAGAUACUACAGGGUGAACCUGAAGCGACCGUGUCCUUUCUGGCCUGAUGACGGACACUGCUCCAUCAAAGACUGUCAUGUGGAGCCCUGUCCUGAGAGUAAGAUCCCCGUCGGCAUCAAGUCUGGGAACUACAACAAGUACUCCCAGGCAGCGAACACGAUGUCGGACAUGACCGAGUGUGAGCAGGCCAAAGAGCUUGGCGCCAUCAACAGCACCCUGAGUAACCAGAGCAAAGAGGCGUUCGCUGACUGGGCGAGACACGACGACGCUCAGGACCACUUCUGUGAGCUGGAUGAUGAAACCUCUCCAGACGCUGACUACGUGGAUCUGCUGCUGAAUCCAGAGAGAUUCACUGGAUAUAAGGGACCUUCAGCCUGGAGAGUCUGGAACAGCAUCUACGAGGAAAACUGCUUCAAGCCCAGAUCAGUGUACCGACCUCUGAACCCUCUGGCUCCGAGCAGAGGUGACGAUGAUGGUGAAGGUUUCUACAAGUGGCUCGAAGGUUUGUGUUUGGAGAAGAGAGUUUUUUACCGGCUCAUCUCCGGCCUCCACAGCAGCAUCAACAUCCACCUGUGUGCCGAAUACCUGCUGGACGAGGGGUGGGGCCGGUCUGUGUGGGGCCCAAACAUCCAGGAGUUUCGGAGUCGCUUCGACCCGGCCGAGACGAAGGGUGAGGGCACGCGGCGCCUGAAGAACCUCUACUUCCUGUACCUGAUCGAGCUGCGUGCGCUCUACAAGGUGGCGCCGUACUUUGAACGGGCCUUCGUCAACCUGUACACAGGAAACACUCAGGAGGACAGCACCACCAAGGAGCUGCUGCUGCAGGUCUUCAACGAGAUCAAAUCGUUCCCGAUGCACUUCGACGAGAAGUCCAUGUUCGCCGGACACAAGAUGGAGGCCAAGACGCUGAAGGAGGAGUUCCGCCUCCAUUUCAAAAACAUCUCCAGGAUCAUGGACUGUGUCGGCUGCAGCAAGUGUCGAGUGUGGGGAAAACUUCAGACUCAGGGUCUGGGCACGGCUCUGAAGAUCCUUUUCUCCGAGAAAGAGAUCAAGAACCUUCCUGAACACAGUCCGUCUAAAGGCUUCCAGCUCACCCGACAAGAGAUCGUGGCGCUGAUGAACGGCUUCGGCAGGUUGUCCACCAGUAUACAACAGCUCCACAACUUCCGCCUGCUGUUGAAGGAGAAAAGGUAACAGGAAGUGACACUUCACCUGGCUGCACCUGGCCCGUGGGCGGAGCCUGCCCUCAGAGAACUGCAAUAGUCUCAUUGUUGCCAGGGAGACGGGUUUCUUUAAUGGACAUCAGGAUCAGCAGUGAACUUAACAAAACCCACUUCCUCCUUUUAUAUCCCAUGAAUCUGAUUUCCCCUCAGUAACAUCCUCUUCCUCCUCCUCUUCCUCCUCCGUCAUGAAUGUUAACUCUUCUGCCUCCUUUUGCCUUGGUCACCUGACGUGUUUCUUCUCUGCCGUCGGUACCAAACUCUAAACUCCUUUAAUUUAAUUUAAUCUGUUUUUGUGAAGUCGCUGUGGAGAACUCGCUGUGAGGUCGUGACCUCCGUCAGCAGGAAGUGAUGUAACAGAGCAAACCUGGACGCAGAUUAUUAACCUGCGUUCACCAGGAAGUGACUGAG